ACCAGUCCCCUGACCCACUGACCAUUCAUCUGCCCCAUCUCCUGAGGCUCAGGAAGUGGUGGGCGUGUGUCGGCAUAUAAGGCCAGCUAUAUGCACCCAUCGUCCAUGUCAGGGCAGCUGGGGCUCCAGAAGAUCGAGUCAGAGCAAGACCGAGAGCAGCAAGACCAAGAGCAUAUCGCCUAAAGACUUGCGCCAGCAUCUGAAGAUAAGAGCGGUAAAGAACAGUGAAACCAACAGGUGUGAGCUCCAUCCUCCGUCCGUCUUCCAUCCAUCCAUCCAUCCAUCCGACGUCCUCACCACCCACCCAGAGAACAGAAGCAUGAACGUGGAUACAGCGCUGUGGGGGGUCCUGGUAGGUCUGAUCCUAGCCAUGGCUGGGGUGGGUCAGUGUCUGCAGGAGGAGAACAACAAUCUGCCGAGGGAAUCAGCAGAGGUGCUGGCACUGGAGGGCGAGCACGUGGAAGGGUUUAACGAGUUGGACGAUCGUCUCCUAGCCACUGUGAUUCACUCUCUGCUCCAGAGAAACACCAGGAACCCCUCCGUUCUCCACCAGCCUCAGAGGUUUGGUCGUGACAGCAGAGGAGACUUGAUGAUGGGGGACAGGAUACAGUCCAGAGACUGGGAGCAGGCUCCAGGACAUAUCUGGGGCAUGGCUGUGCCGCAGAGAUUUGGCAAGAAAUAGGCUUUGGUUGAGACUCAACAUCUCACUCACAUCUCUGCUGGUAAUAAAGAAUUUGGUUCAACACCCAGCAAAUAUAGGUUGAAAGUAAAAUAUGGACUCAUACAUUAUCCAGUAGAUAAAUGUUCUCUCUCCCUAACCUGCUGAGUUCCAUUCCAUUAAGCUGUACAGAACUAGGAGAUCUUGGAACCUAGUAAAAACCCACCACUUCUCUCAGAUUUUAGCAGUGCUGAUUGGUGCAUAUUGGAAAUCUGGGAGAAAGUUGAAAACAGAGUAGGUGCGCUUGAUUUAUCACGCCACAUAUUCGGGCGACCUGAAUCAAGUGCACCUAAAGUUAGAGCUGCUGUAAAUUGGCAGCGUACUUUUGAUCGUUGCUCUGCCAUUCUCUGUUUAACCAAUAAAAGGCGUCUGACUUGAAAGUGUCUGUUAUGAGUGUUGUGGGUGAUUGGAGAGGGUAAAUAUUGACUCAAUAUGAGCCAGAACAACCCCUUAGUGUAUAGACCCUAGAGUUUCUCUGAUCCACUUCUGUUGAGCAACAAGCUAGUUUCCGUCCAGCUGGCAACAGAUUUUGAUGCGAAUAUUAUAAAAUACUUUAAAGUACUACUUAAGAGGUAUCUGUACUUUACUAUUUAUGUUUAUAUUUACUAUUUAUUUAACUUUCACUUUACUACAUUCCUAAAUAAAAAUAUAUACUUUUUACUCCAUACAUUUUCCAUGACACCCCAAAAGUACUCGUUACAUUUUGAAUGCUUAGCAGGACAGGACAAUGGUCUAAUUCACGCGCUUAUCAAGAGAACAUCCCAACGUUGUAGUUUGUAGUUACUGUAUUUCUGUUAUCCUGUUUAUCACUCUGAACAACGUAGUAGUUUGUAGUUACUGUAUUUCUGUUAUCCUGUUUAUCACUCUGAACAACGUAGUAGUUUGUAGUUACUGUAUUUCUGUUAUCCUGUUUAUCACUCUGAACAACGUAGUAGUUUGUAGUUACUGUAUUUCUGUUAUCCUGUUUAUCACUCUGAACAACGUAGUAGUUUGUAGUUACUGUAUUUCUGUUAUCCUGUUUAUCACUCUGAACAACAUAGUAGUUAGUAGUUACUGUAUUUAUGUUAUGAAAAUAAAACUUUCCAAAUGA